AUGGAUGACAAUAAUCACUUUUUAUACUUUUUCAUGGCAAUGGGAGCCUCUAUAAGGGGAUUUCGUGGUUCUAUGAGGCAUGUGGUAGCAGUUGAUGGGAGUUUUCUAAAGGGUAAAUAUCUUGGCACCUUAUUUGUCGUUGUAUGCCAUGAUGGACAAAAUCAAAUAUAUCAUUUGGCAUUUGGUGUGGGUGACUCAGAAAAUGACGCUUCAUGGACAUGGUUUCUUACAAAAUUGAGAAGUGCCAUGGGAGAGGUAACAAACUUGGUGUUUGUAUCUAAUCGACAUGAAAGUAUUGGUAAAGCUGUGCAAACUGUGUUUCCAGAGGCAUAUCAUGGAGCUUGUAUGUAUCAUGUAGCUGGCAACAUGAGGAAUAAAUUCGGUGAUGAUGAAAUGAUGUUUAAGUUAUAUUCCACUGCAGUAAAAGCAUACCUUGUGUCAGAGUUUAAUAUUGUUAUGAUUGAUAUUUGGGCAAUCAAAGAUGGAAAAGUAGGAAAACAUCUUCAAGAAAUUGGGUAUCAUGGAUGGGCUCAUGCACAUUUCAAUGGAAAACGAUACAACAUGAUGACAACCAACAUUGCCAAAUCCAUGAAUGCAAAUCUAAAGGAUGCUCAAAAGUUUCCUAUCACUACUCUAGCAGAUCAUCUUAGAGGUAUACUCCAAGAGUGGUUCAACGAACGUCGAAACACAACAAGUUCAUGGAAUUCGACCUUGACAAAGUGGGCAGAGGAAAAAGUGCACAAGAAUCAAAAUAGAGACUUACGUAUGUCGGUAUCUUCCAUUAAUCAUUAUGCAUUGCAAGUACAUGAGGCAGACUUAUAUCAUAUGGUUGAUCUAAAUGCCAAGUCAUGCAUGUGUAAAAUGUUUGAUCUCGACCAAUUUCCAUGUGUCCAUGCAACUGUUGCAUGUCGAAUUCGCAACACAUCGGUGUACACUAUGUGCUCCAAAUUCUACACAGCCAAUGCAAUUGUGCUAGCGUAUGUGGAGCCCAUUUGGCCGAUUGGAAACAAGAGUGAAUGGAGUGUGCCAGAAGAGGUGCAGAAUAGAGUUGUGUUACCUCCAAUCAGACAAGUUGUAUCUGGAAGACACAAGAUAAACAGAAUCCCAUCUCAGGGGGAGGAAAGGAUAGUGAAGAAGCAGUCGCUGUGGUGGGACAUGCCACAAUCGCCAAACUUGCAAGAAUCCAAUUAG